AUGAUAUUGUAUUUACAGAAAAUCUUACGAGACAGAGUAGGUAAAAACACAGUUGUGUCAUCGUUUGCUUUUCGGCUGCCUCUUUGCAAACUUGCAGUUGCCGCCUCAGCUGCUACUAGACAUGAAAUUAUAUCCAUACUUGAUAUAACAACACUUAGCCAGACAAAAUCCUGCUACUCAGGCUUGUUUCCCGCUCUUUCGCCCAUAUUGGAGACAGAUUUGACCAUAUUGAAUAAGAUUUACGUAAACUACAGUAGUAAUAUAGACGAUAAGUUCGUCCUGAGGUCCCAUGAUUAUGGUGUAACAGUGUCCAAAAUAGGUUUCAAUUUUAGAAGAGAUGCUGUUGCCUAUGUUAAUCGAGAAUUUAGCGCCAAAACAUACAUGCGUAUACAAGAUAUCCUGGAUACAGAUGACAUUGACGAAGACUCUUCUAUUUUGGUCGUCAAUGGAUUUCAUUAUAAAGGCAUCUGGGAAUCUCCCUUUGAUCAAUUUUCUACAACAUUUAAGCAAUUCCGAAGUGGAGAUAAGAAUUUAAAAAUUGCUAUGAUGUACAAAGUCGAACAGACCUUGUACUUGAACGAUGCCAGUGGACAAUUUAAGGCCAUUUCUUUACAUUUAUCUCAAGUCGGCGUUACUAUGACAUUCGUGUUACCAUACCGCAAUUCCAGCAUCAUCCGUAUUCUAGACACUAUGUCGCAGUAUCCAACAUUUAUUGAAGAUAUCAAUGAAAAAAUGGAGUGGAAAUUUGUGAAAAUCGUUAUGCCGAAAUUUAAAUUGAAAACAUGUUUGGAUUGGACGCCUUAUUUAAAACAGAUCGGUCUCAACCUGACUACUCAUAAGAACAACACUGGUCUGAAUCGUAUCUUAAAAAGUACAAAUUCUGGACCAAACAUGUACGUUAGUAAGGCAAAGCAAAAAAUUUUCGUGGAAAUUAACGAGGGCCCCAAAACUUCAGAGCAUGCGGGCGUCGCAGAAAAUCCUCUAGUGAAACCAGAAUUGAGACAGCCGGCAAUACCUGCCGUGGAGCUAAACGACUUCACCGUAGACGGCCCGUUCUUUUUCACUGUUUCUAUGACCCCCCGUCAAACUGAGCCAAAACAGACGAACAAAAUCUUUCGAUUGCUUAACGGAAUUUAUUAUGGUCCGGAUUGACGUAAAACGUCUGAUAAUCUCAUUGUAGUUAAAUAUAAGAAGUGGAAAAAAAUGUUAGCGCAAAUAUUAUUUUUCCACUUUUGUGUUAAAAAGAUUUUCCAUUGAGUGACGAUAAUUUUAUUUCGCCGCUCAUUUUUUUUAUAAGAAUUAACCCAAAAAAUGUCUAUUCACUCUUGAUUUAAGAAGAUCCAAAUUACAGUGGGCUGGAAAUAGAUAUGCAGAAAGUGAGUUACACUACUCCUCAAUUAAACAUUUUGACAUACGAUACGGCAAAAUCACGCUUUGGUAUGUUUUACAGGACAGGAUAACCAUAUUUAAACACAACAUUGUAUCAAAAGGCAUGUUUAAAAGUGGAUAAAGACAAAGAACAAAAACAAAGCAAAAUUAAGCAAUUUUCAUUAUACCUCUCAACCAAGCCAACCUACUCGUACCUACACACAUUGACUACAGAUCUAGUUGAUUCUCGCCCCUAUAAUCAAAAAGCUAAUAAAAAAGAAUGUACUCAAAUUAACUGUUAAAGAGUAACGAACUUACCCCUUGCUCUGCGUAAUUGUCAACGGGCACGCUUCGGACACGCGUCCGUAGUUAGCUAUUAUUGUCAGACGUCACUUUAUUAAGCCAUUCGGCCAAUUAUAAUUGUGAGUGAAAUAA